AUGUUUCCUAUUUCCAGUUGGAGUACUUCACCAUUACCAAAAAGCCAUGUCGCAGUACUACAGCUAACACAUUAUCUUCAGAUGUUCCUCAAAUACAAGAUGUUUAAAGUAGACAUAAAAGCUAAGCAGGUUGGUCCUUCAUUUGUACACUUGGAUAUAAAAUCGUCGAUUUUGGGACAUAUUGACAUUCUGCAAACUGUAACACCGAUUGAACCACUUGUACAAAAAGUGUCUCAUAGGUUCUACGCACGACGGGGUCUCGGACCUAUGGUAAAGUUAAUGAUUUUCGCUGAAAGUGUUAUGUUUCAAAGAGACAUGUUUAUCUGGAACCACAAAGUAUUUCGGAACACACCAAUACUAGUUAAAGAAGAUAUUGCCAUAAAAAAGUUUCGAAUGUGGUUCUCUCAAUUUUAUACUGAAAACAGUAUCUCAUUUAUUGACGCGCGAAAACUAUUGGAUUGGUAACAUGUGUAUAUGUGUUUUUACUAAACGUAGAAAAUAAAUAUUUUUACAAUUCAGAACAAAUGAAGUGUUAUGAUAAAUAUGUAAAUGAAGAUUAAAAUGA